CUACCAUUAACAGACUUUCCAGCUGAAGCAGCCUUGAUUGAGAGAGGCCUUGCUUGAAUUUAAUUUUGUCUAGAGAAUGUGCACUGUUAUCUUCUUCUCUAAUCAGAUUAAUUUGGAGGUCUAUUUUAAUGUUUACAGGGGAUGAUUAUUGGCAUUGACAGCUUUCCCAUGUAGAAAAUCAUUGCAGAUUUUAAGGUCAAAAUGGAAAGAUCAGAAUUCGGUUUGAGGAGGCUUACAAUAGUGGUGGCUGUGUGUUUCAUAGCCUUGCCUGUUUUGGUCAUGGUAUCAAUGACAUACAAAAACUCAACCUUUAAUUUGUCCAAAGAAUUUGCAGCUGAAGCUAUGGUCUUGAGAGAAAAAACUAAAAAUGUUACUAGACUCUCAACUGUUACUGAAUCUGAGAAUAAUUCUUUCCAACCCACCAGCUUAGUUGCUGAUAAAUUGCUUGGUGGACUUCUGGCUUCAGCACUUGAUGAAGGAUCGUGCAUAAGUAGGUACCAUUCUAGCAUGUAUCAUAAAACUUCACCCUAUAAGCCUUCUCUUUAUCUUCUUUCCAAGCUGCGUAAAUAUGAAAAUCGUCAUAAACGUUGUGGACCUUACACUAAAUCCUACAUUAAAGCUGUGAAAGAACUCAAUUCUAGCCAUGCCAAUAGAACUACAGGCUGCAAUUACAUUGUCUGGUUGCCUGCUAAUGUACUUGGGAACAGGAUUGUAAGCCUGGCUUCUGCUUUUCUAUAUGCGCUCCUCACUAACAGGGUCCUACUUGUCCAUCAUGGAACUGACAUGGAUGACCUUUUCUGCGAGCCAUUUCCGAAUACAUCGUGGUUAUUGCCUGCAGAUUUUCCCCUUAAGAAUCAGUUUGAUAGCUUUAAAAUGAGAAAUAUUCAUAGCCAUGGGAACCUCCUAAAGAAUAACAAUAUGAGCAGUUCAACCAUGUUGCAGCAGCCUGCAUUUCUGCUUCUUUAUCUAGCUUAUGACUAUGAGGAUCAUGACAAGCUGUUUUACCAGGAUCAAAAUCAAGGUUUUCUUCGAAAAGUGCCUUGGUUAAUUUUGAAAUCAGGCCAGUACUUUGUCCCUUCUCUUUUCUCAAUCUCAACUUUCAGGAAAGAGCUAAGCAUAUUGUUUCCUGACAGAGAGACUGUUUUCCACCACUUGGGUCGCUAUCUUUUCCACCCAUCAAAUAAAGCAUGGGGACUAAUCACGAGGUUCUACCAGGCUUACUUUGAGAAAGCAGAUGAGAGAAUUGGCCUGCAGAUAAGACUAUUUCAUCCCGAAUCAAGUCCAAGUCACCUUGUCAUGAAGCAAAUUCUAUCUUGUACUGAAAAGGAAAACCUGCUACCCCAGCUAGAUAAGCAAAAACAUGUAGCUUUAGCUUCUCCAUUUAAAAACCAGACAUUGAAAGCUAUUCUAGUAGCAUCAUUACAUUCAAUCUACUACGAAAACUUGAGGAAUAUGUAUUGGAUGAAACCAACAGUGAAUGGAGAAGCAAUUGGGGUGUACCAGCCAAGCCAUGAAGAGUAUCAACAAUUUGGUGAUAAUAUGCACAAUGUAAAGGCAUGGGCUGAAAUGUAUAUGCUAAGCAUGACUGAUGUGUUGGUGACCAGCACUUGGUCUACUUUUGGGUAUGUGGCUCAAGGCCUAGGAGGUCUGAAGCCAUGGAUUCUAUUCAUACCUGAUAACCAGACGAUUCCUGAUCCACCUUGUCAGAGAGCCAUGUCCAUGGAGCCCUGCUUCCAUUAUCCUCCAAGCUAUGACAGAAAGGCAAAUAUGAUGCUUGAUAAUGUUGAUCAUGGUCCUCAUAUCAGGCAUUGUGAAGAUGUGAGUUGGGGACUAAAACUGGUUAAUAAUGAUCAUAAAUCAUGAUGAUUGAGUACUACAUAUGUCAUGAUCAUUGUUUAGGAUUAACAAUAUUAAUUAUCUUGUUAAUUGCA